UUUUCUCUUGGCUAUGGAUGUUGUGAUUGUCCGUAGGUGGUAGACGGUCUCUGACUGUCGAACGCGGAGGUACCACCCGGCGGAUCUCGUAGGCGGAGCCAGAAUGUGUGCAUGUUGCAUGCACACGUGUUCCCUCGCCAGAGUCCGUGUGGGGUCCCCCCCCCUUUCCCAUGUAUCCCCCUAUAGCCCGACGGCGUUCGUGGUCGUGGUAGUUGAAGUAUAAAAAAAAAAGGUAAA